AAUGCACAGAGCCAGUGAAAGAGUGAUGGAGGCUGAGGUUCGAGAUCACCAUGAAUGACAAAUACCACAAGGCAGCUCGGGAUGGCUACCUUGACUUGUUGAAAGAAGCGACGCGGAAGGACCUGAACGCUCCGGAUGAAGAUGGCAUGACACCGACCCUAUGGGCCGCUUACCACGGCAACCUGGAGGCGCUGCGGCUGAUUGUAGGGAGAGGGGGGAACCCAGAUAAGUGUGACAUAUGGGGGAACACGCCGCUCCAGCUGGCUGCCUCCAAUGGCCAUCUCAACUGCCUGUCCUUCCUGGUGUCGUUUGGUGCCAACGUGUGGUGCCUGGACAACGACUACCACACGCCACUGGACAUGGCUGCCACCAAGAACCACAUGGCUUGCGUGCGCUAUCUGGACUCCAUCGCUGCCAAGCAGACAGCCCUCAACCCCAAGCUAGUAAGCAAACUGAAGGACCGGGCUUUCCGUGAUGCUGAACGCCGCAUCAAGGAAUGCAUUAAAAUGCAGCAGAAGCACCGACGGCGCAUGGAGCGUAAAUUUCAGAGAGAGACAACGGAAGCAUCGGUCUCUGAUGCCAUGAGCUUCUCCAGCUACGCCAGCAGUACCUUGAGUCGCAAGCUACACCACUUCAACACUGCCACUAGUGUGCCAUAUUCCCAGGCUACUCUCCACACCACAGCCAGGGGCAAAACUAAGAUCCAAAAGAAGCUUGAGAAGAAAAAGCAAGGUGACGGGACAUUCAAGAUUUACGAAGAUGGCAGGAAGAGUGUCCGCUCUUUAUCUGGCCUACAACUAGGCAACGACGUCAUGUUUCUGAAGCAGGGAACGUACGUCAACCCUAAGGACCGGUCUCGUCGUAACAUACGUGACAUGUUCCCUAGUGACAACGAGGAUGCUGUCUCCCGUGCCAUCAGCGAACCCGACUUGCACGGUCAUGAUGUGGACUACUCGGUGAUCAGCACCGACUCGGGGCACGACUCGCUCUUCAACCGUCCCGGCCUGGGCACCAUGGUUUUCCGCCGCAACUACGUGAGCGGUGGACUUUUUGGCAUCGGGAGCAGAGACGAAGGCAGCCUUGCAGGCAGCGAACGGGUCGAUAAUGUGCGCCUCCACAGCCGGAUGCAUCGCGUGCCCAGUCUGGAUGACGAUAGCAUCGGAAGCGCCCAUAGUCUGCAAGAGAGGAACAUGCAGGAGCUGCCAUGGGAAGAGGUGGAGUUGGGGCUGGAUGACGAUGAUGAGCCUGACAAUAGCCCUCUGGAAGUGUUCCUAGCCACACAGAGCAUGAACGAGUUCAUUCCUAUCUUCAAAAGAGAAAAGAUUGACCUGGAUGCCCUGUUGCUGUGCUCAGAUGAUGACCUCAAGAGCAUUCACAUCCCCUUGGGUCCUCGCAAGAAGAUCAUAGACACCUGUCAGCGCCGAUUGGAGACCAUUGAGGACCCAGGCUGCAUAGAAGACACUGAGUUGUGAAGU